UAGUACAACACGAUCCUGCAUGCUUGGAGUGAUUCGCCAAAUACAAGAAGAUCUUCGCUUGUAAUUGCCUAAAUUUUACGAAGUGGUGGCAAGAUGUCCAAACUGAGCUACCAGUAUAACCCCGAUAAGAGUCAACAUGAUGGUCGAGUGUUUCAUCAACUGAGCUACCAGCAUAACCCCGAUAAGAGUCAACAUGAUGGUCGAGUGUUUCAUCAACUGCUGGACUCCAAGGCUGAGAAUAAUCCAGACACUGAAGCAAUUAUCAUGUAUGACAUGGACUUGAAUCGAUCGGCCAUGACAUUUGCUGAAUACAGGGACAGGUUGUAUCUUCCAUAUAUGGUAUUUUCUAUGGCUUUUAACCGCAUUGGAUGUAACUCCAUUUUGCUGGGAGCUGGAAGUCUUACWCGAGACAAAGUAGACCUGCUCAAGACCCUCAACUGCAAAAUGAUAGUUUACGAUCUAACAAUGAAAGAAUCUCAGAARAAACAGYUGUUUGAAGGAAUCGAACAACUAACUCAACACAAUGCUGAWAACAACAACGAAAAAACRGUUCUUGUUUCGAUGAGUCCUCUGGCUGAAGAAUUUAGCAAGAAUCAGUGUCAUUCCUACGACAGCCUUCUUGUACAUGGUCAAUCUCAAAGCCUGUCUAAGUUACAAGAAGCUCAAAAUCAAGUUCAGUUUGAUGACCCUAUUGUAGCCACUUUUACGUCAGGAAGCACAGGCAUCCCAAAAGUAGUUCAGAAUACAAUACACUCCAUUCGAAACUUUUAUGCUGCCUAUGAAGACUCUAUACAGAUUCAAUCUCCUGUAACAUACAUAGAUCGACCAUUUUCUUGGAUAAUAGGUUAUAUAAUUUGUCAGUUUGGAGCGUUCUCCAAUUCAAUACCAGUAUGGGUGCCAACUGAAAUAGCUCUCUCUGAAACAGCCAAUGAUGCAGUAUUUAAGAUCUGGGAGGAAGAAAAAUGCACCACGUGUGCUCUUAGCGUCUCUUUGAUUCACAAAAUGUACACUGAGAAGGUGCACUUAAAAUACAACCUGAGCCAUGUUAAAGUAUUUGUUCUUGGGAGUCAACGCUUCGGCUUUGAACAUUUCGCAAAAAUAUUCACCAUGUUUCCUGRUGUCCAAGUUAUGAAUACAUAUGGUUGUACCGAGUCACUUAAGAUAGCUGGAAAAGUUAUGGGUAAGGAAUGUUUAGUUGAAGGAAAGUUUGCCAAAUUGUCAAUAUCUUCUGGUGCAGAAGUAAAACUUGUGGAUGUCGAUGACAAAGUAGUUCCUAGAGRAACCGCAGGCGAAAUCUGCGCUAGAAGUUGUAGAGUAUUUCUGGAGUACUUGGGCAAUCCUGAAGCGACAAAACAGUCCAAAUCGCCAACAGGCUGGUUUCGYACUGGRGAUAUAGGAGUCAUGUAUGAUGAUGGCAAKAUCGAGGUGCUGGGAAGAAAAACUGAAAUAAUUAAACGCGCCACAGUCAAGAUUUUUCCGGCAGAAAUYGAGAAUGUUCUUUUACAACACCCAAAUGUUGCAGAGGCAGUGGUCGUAGGCAUUCCUGAUCAACAGGUUCACGAGGAGAUAUGCGCAUGCGUUGUGCUUAAAGACACAGAGGAUGGGUCACGUGACGAGAAGACGAAGCUUCAAGAGUUACAAGACUGGUGUAGGGAGCGAUGGCCACCAGGACCGGAUGGUCUUCAUUUAACACCAAAGUAUUUUCUUGCGUUGAAAACAUUUCCUUUUACGAAGACUGGUAAAGUUUUUACAAGAGAACUUAAAGCUGAAGCAAUUAAACGAGUUGGAAUGUUGAAUUAGAUGCAGGCAUUGAAAUACAAUGACCACAUAAAAUAUGAUUAUUUAGUAAU